UGUAUUGUUGCUCACACCGAGACAGACUGUUCUGCUACCAAUAGGACCCAGGCCUCACCCAAGCCAAAGGGCUCUCCAGGAUGCCCGCACGCUCUACAACCCGCUUCUUGAAAAGGAAGGUAGGGCCCGGGACACUCCGACUGUUUGUGCGAAGGUCCUAGAGAGGGAAGGUAACCGGAGUCGGCCUUUUCGGGCGGAACCACCCCCUCCCACGAGUUUCACUGGGUCCUCGGCCCCGCCCCUCUUUUAUUCCGCGAGCAGCGACCCGAGCUGAAACUUUGUAACCCGAGCGCGCUCGGCCCGCGCUCCUCCCUGCCCAAGUCCAGCCCCGGAGGGAGGUGCAGGAGGUGGGACCUGCGGCCGGGAAGGCUCGGGGACGCCAGCGCGCGCGGAGCGGAGACCCAGGGAGAGCACGCCGCGAAGAGGAGGAGCUGAAGCGGGAGCGGAGCGCGCGGCGGGAGAGCCGGAGGAAGUGGUGCGGGCCAUCGGCUCAGUCGAGCGGCGGGGAGCAGCUGGGCCCAAGAGCCCCGAGCUGAGCCGAGGCCAGGGGGCCUGGGUCACGGUCCCGCGUCCCCGCAGCUGCCGUCGCCCAGGAGCGGCAGCUGUGCCCGGGCUCCCCGCGGCGGCGGGAAGGGGGUAGGAGGAGCUGCAGCUGGACGGUGGCAGCUGGAGGAGGAGCCGCGCGGCUGUCCCGUGCGCCCGGGAGGGGGCCGCGCUGGGAUGACCCGCUGACCGCGGCCAUGCAGCCUUGACGGGACGCUCCGGCGCACGGGGACCAGCUGCGGGGCGCGCCCUCUCGGGAAGGGGCAGCGGGCCCUGGUAGCAAGACUUAAACCGUCGACUUUAGCCUCGCUGGGAGCAAAACCGUUUACCAUGGAACCCGUGACCAAGUGGAGCCCCAAGCAAGUGGUGGACUGGACUAGAGAUCAUCAAGAACUGACCUGUUCCUAAGUCCUCAUCUCCUUCGUCGUGGAAGGCCUUGCACUUGGUGGGUUAGAUGACUGCCUGCAGCAGUAUGUCCACAAGUUUGAACGGGAGAAGAUAAAUGGAGAGCAGCUGCUGCAGAUUUCCCAUCAGGAUCUUGAGGAGCUGGGGGUCACGCGAAUUGGACACCAGGAACUUGUGUUGGAGGCUGUCGACCUUCUCUGUGCGCUGAAUUAUGGCCUGGAAACUGAUAAUAUGAAGAACUUAGUUCUGAAACUGCGAGCAUCUUCCCACAACUUACAAAAUUACAUAAGUAGCCGGAGGAAAAGUCCGGCUUAUGAUGGAAACACUUCCCACAAGCCCCCCAAUGAGUUCCUGACUUCGGUGGUGGAGCUAAUAGGUGCUGCUAAGGCCUUGUUGGCUUGGCUGGACCGGGCUCCAUUUACAGGGAUCACGGAUUUCUCAGUAACGAAGAACAAAAUCAUUCAGCUUUGCCUGGACCUGACAACUACCGUCCAGAAGGAUUGCCUUGUAGCAGAAAUGGAGGAUAAAGUUUUAACCGUAGUCAAGGUUUUAAAUGGCAUCUGUGACAAAACAAUACAAUCUACUACGGAUCCUGUUAUGAGCCAGUGUGCAUGUCUGGAGGAGGUUCACUUGCCGAACGUUAAACCUGGGGAAGGCCUGGGCAUGUACAUCAAAUCAACCUAUGAUGGAUUGCACGUGAUUACUGGAACCACAGAGAACUCUCCUGCAGACAGAUCUCAGAAGAUUCAUGCUGGUGAUGAAGUCAUUCAGGUUAAUCAGCAAACUGUGGUGGGAUGGCAACUAAAAAAUCUGGUGAGAAAAUUGAGAGAGAAUCCUACAGGAGUCGUAUUACUGCUUAAGAAGCGCCCCACGGGUUCUUUCAACUUUACCCCUGCUCCCCUGAAAAACCUCCGGUGGAGACCGCCCCUGGUGCAGACCUCACCUCCACCCACGACGGCCCAGCCCCCUGAAAGCGCUAUGGACACCUCGCCGAAGAAGGAGAAGCCAGCCAUCCUGGAUCUCCAUAUUCCUCCUCCACCAGCUGUUCCCUACUCCCCCCGGGAUGAGAAUGGGAGUUUUCCUUAUGGAGGCCUCAGUAAAUGUAAACAGCCAUUGCCUGGUCCUAAGGGUUCUGAGUCACCAAACUCCUUCCUGGACCAGGAGAGCCGAAGACGGAGAUUUACCAUUGCUGAUUCCGAUCAGUUGCCUGGGUAUUCGGUGGAAACCAAUAUUCAGCCCACAAAAAUGAGAGAGAAAACACCAUCUUAUGGCAAGCCCCGGCCUUUGUCCAUGCCUGCAGAUGGGAGCUGGAUGGGGAUAGUGGACCCUUUUGCCAGACCUCGAGGUCAUGGGAGAAAGGGUGAGGACGCCCUCUGCCGGUAUUUCAGUAAUGAGCGGAUCCCUCCCAUCGUCGAAGAAAGCUCCUCUCCCCCGUACCGGUUCUCACGGCCCCCAGCGGAGAGGCAGCUGGUCCGCGGCGCAGACUACGUCCGGGGGAGCAGGUGCUACAUCAGUUCGGAUCUCCACAGCAGCGCCACGAUUCCGUUCCAGGAGGAAGGGGCCCGAAAGAAGCCGGUCUCCUCGGCGGCCAAGUCCUCCUCUACAGAACCGUCCCUGCUGGUCAGCUGGUUUACUCGCCUCAAACUGUUGACUCACUGAGCCCCGCCCUCCAGGGCCUCUUCCCCGUCUCCCGCUUGCAAGUGCCUUGCUUCUUCAGUUGACAACCUGUUCUGGUUUUCAUCCACAGUAUUAUGUAGUGACCUUAUGCAAUUUCAUCGUUAGUUUUCAUUUGGAAGUCGUAGACUGCCCUUCUCGGAAUUUUGAAGUAAUUGGAUGGGAAGAAAUCCGGAGGAUCUUAGGUGUUGCCUUGUGGAGGCAGAAGGAGAGAAAUGAGUGGAGUCCGCUUUUCUUGCUUCCUUAGGGUCGGAACACGGAGACACACUGUAAACUGGGGCCUGGGCCAGGAAUGUUAUGGUCAUGAGGACGAACUGGGCCGUCGUUGGUGCUGGGGGUGGGGCUGAAGUUGGUGUCCCUUGUCACAGAGAUGUGUUGGUUUGUGGUCCAACUUCUUCACCUGAAAAAGCCAGUGGAGAAAACAUUUUUGUUUUGAUUUUUCAAGCUACAUACCAUAUUUGUAAGUGUAGCAGCUUUGACUUUGAAAUAACAUGUGGCAUGCAUUUCAUGCUGUUUCAAAGAAGUGGUUUAAGUAAUUGUAGGCCUGUUACACUUGGCUAUUCCCUUUUUGUAACAUUCUCAGUAUGUAGGUCAGUUAAUACAGAAACACAUGAACGCAUUGAUAGGGCUUAUUACACACAGAGAAGUUUAUGGUUAUUUGUGAGGGGUGUCGUUGUUGUUAUAUAUUAUUGUCUUUAAGGGAAAAGAAGCUAUAAGAUUUGCUGACAGCCAAAGUAUCAUUCAGAACAAUGAAGCAACAAUAUUUAGGUUUACGAGAGAUACAUCCGUUUCCAUUUUGACUGUGUAACGUCUGCCUUCCAGAAACAAAACAAAACAAAACAGGCAGUUCUUCAAACUUGUAUAUAUUUUGCUAAACAGAAAUUUCUUGGAAAGUCUCAUGGUCACUAAUUUUCAACUAGCAUCAGGUAUUUUGGAAAAGUGUGUCAGGAUAUUAACUCUUGUUUAAACUGAAUGUAUGAUAUUUUGUUAGAACAGAAAAGUACUAUCUUGUUAAUUUAAGUGUUUUAAAUAUAGUUGUAUAUUUUUCUUACUCUUA